AUACUCCUGGAGCUGACAGAAAGCAGAAGCUGCCCGUUGUCUGCUUACCGUUCGUGUACCCUUCAGCUCAGUCACACACUUCUUCAACUUUGCUCGCUUCCCUCUCUGGGCAGAGACCUCGGAUGGUCAAGCUCUGCUGCUCUUUGUUUCCUUCCCUCUCGCUUCCCGCACCGCUCCUGAUGUCGAGGCCUGGCGGCGGCGGCGGCUCUCCCCUUACUUCGGGCUCCAGGACUCAGCUCUGAAGAAGAGUGGCCGGCAGCAGCUGAAAGUGGAUCUUUACGUCUUGUUGCAGCAGCGUCGAGUCAGUUGUUUACAAUGCACUUAUGACAGAAACCAUGGAGCUUCAGAAAGGAAAAAAAAUUGGUAUUUGGCAUGAUGCAGCAGAAAAUGUAUAAAUUAAGGUAAUGAUGGUAGCGACCUAAAAGUUUUGCAUCUUUCUAAAGUUAAAAGAUGACCGAGGUACAAGCAACAGUGGAAUUUUCAGUGGAGUUACACAAAUUUUACAAUGUGGACCUAUUCCAGAGGGGAUUUUACCAGAUUCGUGCAACGAUGAAGCUGCCUCCCAGAAUUCCGCACAAGAUGGAGGCCAGUUUGCUGAAUCCAACAGGCUCUGAACUUGCCUUUCCUCCUGCUGCCUAUGAUUGUUCAGUCUGCAGUAAAACCUUUCAGAUUCUUUACAAAAAUGAAGAGAUCAUGGUUAAUGAUGUGCUACUCCUCAAAGUUAAAAUGUUACUUGAUGAAAAAAAGAUUGAAGAAUCCCUGAAUGAGAUGGAUUUCCAGUUGUCUUUAGAUCUCAACUUCACUGACAAAGACUUUGCAUCUGAUGAUCCAAAUUCUCUCCAACUGAUUAGUAGUCGGACAUUGAAGCUGCACUUCAGUUUACAUCAAGGACUUCAUCAUCAUGUCAAUGUUAUGUUUGAUUACUUCCACCUCUCUGUUGUAUCAAUCACUAUUCAUGCUUCCUUGGUUGCUCUUCACCAGCCUCUGAUAAGCUUUCCUCGUCCUGUGAAGAACACUUGGUUAAACAGGAAUUCCCCAGUCCAAAGCAAGGAUUAUAGCAUUCCUUCCCUCGAGAGUGUGGUUUUUGGCAGUAACUAUACAAAACAGCUGUCGCCUGAUGGCAGCAAUUAUGUGGUGCCAGAAAGCUGCAUGCAACAUGCAUACAAUUUCCAUUAUAAUAUCUGUUCAAGCUUGCUUAGGGCUUACAAGGGCCUUUUCAACUACUUUACCAUGGUUACAAAAGAACUACCGACAUCUCGCAGGAUGGAGUUGGCCGUGACCAACAUGCAGGUCCUUUAUGAGCGACUUCUCAGAAGAAAAUAUCCAAGAACACAGAAGGACACUUUAAUAGAGGAGAUUGAUGUUGAUGCCAGACUUGAAGAACUUUGUGAACAGAUAAAGCUGAAAGUGGAAAAUCCUGAUGAUCUUCCAGAAUUGGUGAACAUGGACCUUGCGCAGCUUUGUUCAUUGCUAAUGGCUCUAUGGGCACAGUUUAUAGAGAUUGUGUCACUACAGGGAGAAGUCUCAGCUUUAUUAGCAAAGGAACAUCAUGUACUUCGUGUAAGAAGAUUCUCAGAAGCUUUUUUCUGCAUUGAACAUCCUAGACAAGCAGCUCUGGCAUAUCAGGAAUUGCAUGCACAAAGUCACGCACAGAUGGCUGCAGCUGUAAAGAAUUCUACCUAUUUCAGUUCUCUUCCAUCUCUUCCUGUGGAAUGUGUGGAAUUAGAUGGAGAUUUCAGCUCACUGCCCAUUAUCUUUGAGGAUCGAUAUCUGGAUUCUGUUCCAGAAGACUUGAGUGUUCCCUGGAGUGGGGUUCAGAAUGUAAGAAGAUCAUCCUUUUCUGCCAAAUUUGAAAAAUCUGACUCAAAAGAAUCUAACACUUCAGGCUUCUCUAGUCCUGAUUUUAAAGCAAAGCCAGCAAGCAUCCACAGUGUUAAACAUAAUGAAAAUGAAAAGCCACAGAUGAAGCAGCACAAGGUGAAAGCUGAAGAGCACAGCAAACCAAAAGUAAAAGCAACAAAACUUAAGAAGACAAUUAAGUCUGAAAGUAACAAAAAAUUGAUGAAACAAAACUCUAAGGACUCUGUCAUACUGGUUGGUUACAAAUGCUUGAAGAAUUCAAACUUGGGAGAGAUCAGUAAAUCUGAGGGUGGGCUUCCAAUCUAUCCAAAAGGUGGGCAGGUUCCCACAACCAUAAGAGAUGGUAAUGAGGCAAUGGCUGAUUCUAAGCUACUGUGUCAACAUAAAGAGCUAAUACCUCUUCUGUCAAGUAUGGAAGAAAAUGUAGAGACUCCAAAAGCUAAAAGUCUCAAUAAAUUUGGUGAUAGCAUUAAUUGUCAUAAAAUGGAACCUGGCACAUUUGCAUCAUCAAGCUUGUUCCAGGCAGGUCCUGGGAAUCCAACUGAGUGUUCAGACUCUAUUAAAUUUGAUAGAUUGAGUAGUCAACAAAUGACAUCAAACUCAGGUAUAUCAAAUAUCAAACAUAUUGAAGUCAAACCAAGAAGUAAAUGUACUUAUGAAGGGGAAAAAGUAACAGUCAUUAUGGCCUCCAAAUUUCCUGUUCAAGAUGACCAAGGGCCUUAUCAAUCUGCUGAGCCACAACAUCUGGAUUCUAAAAACAAUUAUUUGCAUUUGGAAGAAAAUGUACUACACUCUCCUGCGUCUGAUAGUACACAGUCGAAUGUAUGUACAAAGGGGUUUAAUUUGGUUACAAGUGGAGAUGCUGUUAAAUUGCCGGAUGUUUAUGUCACCUGCUCAUCGUCCAGAGUUUCAGAUUCUGGUAUCGAAAGUGAGCCCAGUUCUUUUGCUUUCCACUUGGAUCCAGAUUUAGUUACUGAGCCAGUAUUGGAGAAGACUUCUGUUCUCAGUGAAAAGCCUUUCAUGCAGCUACUACUAAAACCAGAAUUAAGUUCAAAGAGUAUGGUGGAAGGCAGAUGUACAGAGAGUACAAGUGCUGUAAGUGAAAUACAGUCAUCUUUAACUUCUAUAAACUCUCUGCCUUCAGAUGAUGAUCAUGAACAGCAAGUUGAUGAAAGCUUAAAAGUUGCAACCAAUCUUGUGCAACAAACUAGCGAUGAACAGCCCAAGAUAGAAUCAACUGUCGUACCAGAUGAGAUAAAAUUUGAAAAUAAAACAUCAAGUAUUGUAGUGCAAGAAGAAAGUGUUGUGUUCGUUGAUGGUUCAGGGACUCUACAUCAAACUCAACAUUCUUCAAAAUUUCCUGAGCAAAUGUUUGAUAACUGCAUUGUCAGUCAAGAAGGUAGCAACAAUCCACAGCAAAAUAUUGCUUGCUUUAAUGAUUUUAGAGAACUUCAAGAUUCUUAUGAAGAUUUCAGUUUAGAAAAAGCAUCCACCGAACAUAUAAUUAAACUGAAUUCUGAAGUGAUUUACCUUGAUGAGCCAAGAUGUGGAACAUCGGAUGAGGCACAGAUUAGCCAAAGUGUAGUUGCAGAAUUGCAUCCAGAACAACAUUUAAAUAUAAUUCACAUGUUUGAAAUUCCAGCAUUGGAGGAAACAGAUGAUAGAAUGCACACAAAUCUUUCAGCUACCAGCAGCACUGACAUUGUGAAACAAGGAUUAGUGGAGAAUUAUUUUGGAUCUAGAAGCAGCACAGACCUUUCUGAUACUAGUCCUGGUGGUGGUGGCAGCUGUCCCUCAAGCCCUCAAAAGGCAACUAUUGGCCUUGUCACUCUCAUACAAGCAGAGGAGGAUGAAGAACAAGAAAUGAUAGAAAAUGGUUAUUAUGAAGCUGAUGAUGAUGCUGUUUCUGAUAGAAAUGAUGCAGUCAAACCUGAACUAAUUAAUGCCCAUCACACUGCAGAACGUGCAGGUGUGCAAGGUGCAUGUACUCCUACCUGUUUAUCCUUUUCAUCAGUUGUCAAAGAUUCCCCAUCUAUUAGUGGACUGUCUUCACAAACCAAACAUGAUGCAAUUACAAAGCAACCUAACAGUGCAUUCUUCAGCUCUAACCUGUCAGCCUUCUGGUCUAAUGAUGCUGGGAUAAAAGGACAGAUGAAGACUUUUCUCCAGGCAAAAGAAGAACUGAAGUUACUAAAGUUUCCUGGCUUUAUAUACAGUGAUCUUCCUGAUUUGGCUUCCAAAAAUCCAUACUUCAGCUUGGAGGAGGAUGUGAAUGUAGAUGAUGGUGUUCAUCUCAUAGUAUGCGUACAUGGAUUAGAUGGAAACAGUGCAGAUCUCCGUUUGGUAAAAACUUACAUUGAACUUGGUUUACCAGGAACCCAAAUAGAGUUCCUUAUGUCAGAGAGGAAUCAGAAUGACACAUUUGCAGACUUUGAAUCCAUGACAGAUCGACUUUUGGAUGAGAUAAUACAGUACAUUCAAAUUUACAACCUUACAGUUUCCAAAAUCAGUUUCAUAGGGCACUCUUUAGGUAACUUGAUUAUUCGAUCUGUUCUCACAAGACAAAGAUUUAAAUUUUACUUGAACAAGCUGCACACUUUCCUUUCAUUGUCUGGGCCUCACCUGGGGACAUUAUACAACAGUAGUACACUCGUUAAUACAGGGCUCUGGUUUAUGCAGAAGUGGAAGAAGUCUGGGUCCCUACUUCAACUAACGUGUCGAGAUCAUUCUGAUCCUCGCCAAACGUUUCUGUACAAACUUAGCAAAAAAGCAGGUCUCCAUUACUUCAAAAAUGUGGUAUUAAUUGGCUCACUACAAGAUCGUUAUGUUCCCUACCAUUCUGCUCGAGUUGAAAUAUGUAAAACUGCUUUAAAAGAUAAACAAUCAGGACCAGUAUAUGCUGAGAUGGUCCAAAAUCUUCUAACACCGGUGCUUGAAAAUAAGGAAUGUAAUUUGGUUCGAUAUGAUAUUAUCCAUGCAUUGCCCAACACUGCUAAUUCGUUAAUAGGACGAGCAGCUCAUAUUGCAGUUCUCGAUUCUGAAAUAUUUUUGGAGAAGUUUUUUCUGGUUGCAGGCCUUAAAUAUUUUCAGUGAGAAUGGGUGCCAUUGACUCUUACCUCUUUAUUCAAGGAAACACAUUUGAUCACAGAACACUGUCAGCUGAAAGAAAAUAAGACUAUUUAUACAUUUUUGUAUUAGAAAUGAUCCUGCAUUGAGUCCUCGGAGAUAGUUAAAAGAUCUCAACAUGUUUAUGCCUGUUGGUUUGUGCUGUGCAAAUACCAAUUUUAUAUUUUUAUCUGUCUUAUGUACCUAUUUUUUUUCCGGUUCAGUUGUUCUAUGUUUUUUAAAAAUUUUAUUCUACCUUUUUAGGUAUCAGUUAAUAAUUGAAAUGAUCAGGGUGCACUGAUAUAACUUUACUUUCUAAAUUUAUAAAGUUAACAUGCAUUAGUAAAUUAGAGAUAAUAUGUUAAUUUAAUUAAUCACUUCCAAAGAAUUCAUUUUCAUAGUCUAAUUGAGAGCCUGUUGUAUGUAUCAUUUUUAGCAUGGACUUUGGCAACUGGAAACCCUUUAAGACGCUGCUACAUAUUUAUACAUUUUUAACAUUGCUCAGCCUGUAGGAAUUCUACAGAUCUCUUUUUCAUUUCAUGCAAUCUUUCUGAAAAGACCAAAUACUGUUGUAUACACGAAUACCUUGUGUCACUGUCAAAUUUUAAACUAGUUCAUAAAUGUCUUCUAUACAUUUUUAUACUGAAAACAUCCUCUUACAACUCUUAACCAUACCUGUGGAACAUGAUACUUUUUCUACUACUGAAGUGGAAAGAUUGUUUGCUAUGGGACUUUUAGAACUGAAGAAACUAUUUUCAAAUCUUCUCAUACUCUAAAUGUAAUAUAAAACUUUUGACCAUCAUACUACUAGUCUGAUGAUCUUCAUUUGCAAUGAUUGUACUGCACCAUGGUAUAAACUUCAAUACGCUGAUCCCAGCAUACACCAGACAUUUAAUCAACCCUUUUACAUUCUAAGAAAGUUGUGGUGAAGAGCCAACGUUUCAACCUCCUGCUUUAAUGAACAGUCAGUUGACCUCACUGUUGAGAUCCUUAUAUGUCAACAUUUUUGUGUAUGACAUUUACUAAAAUGUAGUUAAUGCUUGUCAUUGUUUUUGAAAACCACAUGAAAAAUGUGCUAUGGGGAGAGUCCAUUUUAUUUACUCUGAAUGCGGAGCUGGAGGGACAGCAUGUGAUAGCAUAAAGCUAUGAUGCAUUAGUGUUCUAAUUUUUACAAUACUGAAAUUUUUAAAAAUUAUGCAGAAAAAUACUGCAUUCAUUUUUGAAAUGUUUGAGAUAAUUAGGCAUUCUAUUCUAAUUUGUAAGCUGUAAAAUAGAGGAAACCUUUCCAAUUUAAUUUAUUUAUUCUUGGUGGCCUGAUUAACAGUGAGCAUAUCGUGUGGUGUUAUGGGUUACUAGUGCAUAUCUGACUUCUAACAAAAAGAGAAGGAAAGGACAUAUAUUGCUGUCACAUAUGCUUUGAACAAAUUCAUAAUAAUCUAUAUUGUAACAUUCAAACUACAUGGUGCAUGUAUCAUCUGUUUGUCGCCUUGUUUUUCAACCUGCAAGCUCAUAAGGUCAGGAAACAUCACUAUAUAAGUGACAGUUCUAA